CGAGCAGACGUCAAUCCUGUAGUACGUGGAGGAGCAAGAACAUGAAGCUUCUAGAGCAGCCUUUCUGUCAUGCACAAUCGAAUCAAAGCCGCCGUUUUUCUGAAGUGGUCUUUAAUCCACUCUCAGUUCGUUUCUCGAAGAAUCGGAUCGAACUCGUUUGGCUAUACGAUGUUGGUUUCGAUGGGCAUGGCAGGAAAAAGUCGAGCCCGGAUUUCCUUGAGGAUCAAGGCUGAGGAUCCGAUUGGUAUUAGGAUGAGAGCAGACAAGUUGGUGGCAUCGAUGAAGGGAAACCCCUUCUGUGGUCCUUUGCUUGGAAAUUGGCUUCAUCAUUUCAACUUCAGUAAAUGUGUUUCUUGGUAGAGUGUUGUGUAGAUAUCAAUUGAUUAAAGGAAGGUGAUCAUGAAUCAGUCACUUUAGGAAACAAAAAAUAAAUGAAAAGCAGUGAUUGACUUGUCCCUAACCAGGUAUAAGGAAGAAUUCGCAUUCGCGGUUUUGACUCCGAGCGACGGAUAUAAAACAACUGUGAUUAAAGAUCAACCUUCGUCAAUGGAGUCAGACCCGACAGUUUUGAUAUCACCUCGUGACGCUCAAUGCGUCUGUGAUUCAGUUUUCUUGGACAAAUACCUGUAUUUACGUGCAUGACGGAGCUGAACUCGAUGCAUGUGUUAGUGCCAAUUAAAGGUCUGCUGCCAAAAGGGAGAGCUGUACAUCCGAUACCUUGAAGGUGGUCGUCCACAUCUGCUACAGGGUUUGUUUACCCUGCAGGGCCUAGGAUAACUUAAGCUUACCUCUUUAGAAAGAAUGUCAGACAUAUUGGGAAAAUGAUCACUAAAAAGCGUUGUUAUACGGCUUCGAAGUUUGUGGCAUCGGACGUCCACAUUCUUCUAAUUUGAACUGGAAACUUAUGUGUUGGAAAAGCUGCAAGGUUAUGACACGCUAGAAGUCCUCUGUUAAAAGAGCCGGGAAUGUUUGUAAUCUUUUGUGCAGGCACAUCAUGAUGAUUCUUUCUGUAAUUUCCUCCCUAGGGUGGAAUGUCAAUCAUACUUUAUACGUUAUCAAUAUGCAGUAGGCGUCGUCCGCAAUAGUUAGUCGUGCAAAUGUUUACAUUGG